AUGGGUCUCCAGAACAACAAGACGUACAAGCUGUCCAACGGCGUCGAGAUCCCCGCCGUGGGCUUUGGCACAUUCGCCAACGAAGGCUCCAAGGGCGAGACAUACAAGGCAGUCACCAAGGCCCUCGAGGUCGGCUACCGCCACCUCGACUGCGCGUGGUUCUACCAGAACGAAGAAGAGGUCGGUGAUGCCGUCCGCGACUUCCUGAAGGCCAACCCCAGCGUCACCCGCAAGGACCUGUUCAUCUGCACAAAGGUCUGGAACCACCUCCACGAGCCCGAGGAGGUCAAGUGGUCCUUCAACAGCUCGCUCGCGAAGCUGCAGAUGGACUACAUUGAUCUCUUCCUGGUGCACUGGCCUAUCGCCGCCGAGAAGAACGACGAAUACAUGCCCAAGAUCGGCAGCGACGGCAAAUACGUCAUCAAGACCGACCUGACCGCGAACCCUGAGCCCACCUGGCGCGCCAUGGAGGCCCUCUACAAGUCCGGCAGCGCGCACGCCAUCGGCGUCUCGAACUGGACCGUCGAGGGUCUGCAGACGCUGCUCAAACUCGCCGAGGUCAAGCCGCACGUCAACCAGAUCGAGAUCCACCCCUUCCUCCCCAACGAGGAGCUCGUCCAGUUCUGCCUCACAAACAACAUCCUGCCCGCCGCCUACUCGCCGCUCGGCUCCCAGAACCAGGUGCCCAGCACCGGUGAGACAGUGCGCCAGAACGCCACACUCAACGAGGUGGCCAAGCGCAGCGGCCAUGACCUCGCGCAGGUGCUGCUGGCGUGGGGUCUGCAGCGCGGGUACGUCGUGCUGCCCAAGAGCUCGACGGCCAGCCGCAUCGAGUCGAACUGGCAGAUUCCGGAGCUGAGCCAGGAGGACUUCGAGGCCGUGCAGAAGGUCGCCGAGGGCAGGCACACACGCUUCGUCAACAUGAAGGAUACCUUUGGCUACAACGUGUGGCCGCAGGAGACCGACGGUGGCGAGAUCAAGGCUUAG